AUGGCCAGGAGUGCCAGGCCAAGAGGACCGGGGAUGCAGGAAGCAGCGAGGCCAACUCAUCGGGAGUUCCAGCCUCCACCCCCAGCCCAAUGGAAAUGUCGGUGUGGACCACAACAGCAGACGUCAGAAACCAGAAACCGGGACUUUGCUGGUCCGCUGGGGCCUAAUCAUGCUCCACCCGUGGCCUCAGGCACGCGCCGUGGUGAUGAUGCUGUCCUCGCAAAAGACGAUGCUGCGCCGCAAAGCGGCAUUGUUUCGGGGAGGUGCCCUUUGGGCUACGUGUUCCGUGUGCCGUGUGCCGGAAACGAAUCUGACUGGAUGGUGAACGAAGCUGUUCGCUACAACCUGCCGAUAGCGCGGUACAAGGUUGGCUGGUUGGAUUGCAUGUCUUUGGUCCGCAGUCCAGACCUCGCUGUUCUUGACUCCCACCCAUGUCGCCCACCGGUCUUGGCGCUGGGGUUCGGGACUUUGCGUUGCGACGGUGGUGGCGGCUCGGAAAGAUGGGGAACGAUGAUUCUCGUCCUUCGUUACAGGUUGCGGGCUGCGGCUCUCCGUGCUGCUCUGCGCAUGUCCCUUGUAUCUGUGUGA